AGCAAGGUUAUAUUGAUCUUCUCUAAAAGAUGUUUAUUUGUAGUUAUUAGGAUAGUGUAAAAUAAAGAAUCGAAUUUAAGUUUUAAAAAAUGUAUAUAUGACAAAUCUUAUAUAAUAAAAAUAAAUUAAUAAUUUUUUAUUACAAAUUAUUAUUUUUUAUUUCUGAUUUUUAUAUCUAUCUUUUAAUAUAUUGUAAAUUUCAUCGUAAAAUUUAUAGGCAAUGACAGAACAUAAAGGUACAUCUUUUUAUAAUUCUUGUGUGAAAGUUCCUGUAAAUCCUUGUAAUAGGCAACCAAUUCCUUCUUAUGAACGUCUUGAAUCUAAAAAGAAUAAAGAAGAUAAUGAUUUUUAUAAUAGAUAUAACAUGAAUUUUAUAAAAAAUGAUCACUUUGUUACUGAAUGUAAGAUAUCAAAUUCUACAGAAGAUAUGGAUAUUUUUUUAGAAUUUCUGGAUAGUAUACCAGAUUAUGGUCAAGUUCAUCAUUUAUCAAAUGAGCAGUUUAAACAAAAAGUAGAUUAUUUAAAAAGGAAACAAAAAUUAUUAUUAAAAAAUUUACAAAAUUCUCUGAUUGAUCAUAAAAAUAUAAAUGAAUCUAAAUUUUCAGUAUCUAAUCAAAAAUUAAAGUUCAAAAAUAAAAAUGAUAUUAAUGAUUUAAUAUUGAAUGGUAAAAAGUGUUAUUUAGAAGAAUCUUCUAGUCCCAGUCCAUUACUUUUUCUUUCUAGUAAACUUAAUGAAAAUGAAAUGUCAGAAGAUCAGGAUUUCUUAACAAAUAGUAGAAGAGAUAAGGAAAAUGGAACUGAAUGUAAGGAGAAAAUAUAUUUGAAUAAUAAAAAUUGGAGUACAUGCAAUAAGAUAAAUACCAAUGAUAAUAUUGAAAGUGAUAUAGAUAAUGCAGAAACAAGGAGCUUACCAGCCAAUAUUACAAAAGAAUGGCAUCCUACUGUACCUAAGCCAUUUAAUUUUACUUUAAGGGAGGAAGCAGAAAAGCACAUGAAACAUAUUAAAAUAGAAGAACAAAAAUAUAAAAAUAUGAGAAAUAAUAAAAAAAAUGUAUGUAGAAAACGACGUGUAAGAUCGAUUCCACUUACAUCAAAAAUUCCACUUUAUGAUAAAUUAUUGGCUGAGAAGAAAGAACGAAGUCGUAUAAUUCGUGAAGAAAGUGCCUUAAAUUUAAUGUCUCAAGUACGUCCUUUUAAACUCGAAUGCGAUCGUCGAGCUUGGAGGUUUUUAGCAAGAUCUAGCCCAGAAAUUUAUAGUAAAAAUGUUAAUGUGAGUACAAAAUUUAAAGCUAAACCAGUACCAAAAAAUCUUUUCAGUACAGAAAUAUAUGAUCGCAUGCUUGAAGAUGAAUAUGACAGACAAUUACAAAAACGAUUAAGAGCUGCGCAAUUAAUGAAAUCAUCAUCUUUGCCUCCGUCGAUGGCGAGACGAGAACGAAUCAAAUCUGCGUGCACACGUUUACAAAGUACAUUUAAAGAUUGUAACAAAAAUAUUGAAAAUAAAAAUGUUUCGCAAAUGUCAAAUAAUAAUUCAAUGUCAUUAAAAAGAUGUAAAUCUGUGAUGCCACUUUUGCCUAUACGAGGAAAUAAUUUAGCAGCAAUUUUAAGAUGUCAAGUGUCACGAGAAAAAUUAGAACGUGAAAUAAGAGAAAAAAUGGAAGAGAAGCAUCGAGAACAAGCUAUAAAAAUUAAACAAUCUUUGAUUGGACGUAAUCCAGUAUGGCGCGCUUUGAGAUCUGCAGUGAGGCACGAACACGAAAGAGAUCUUAACAUUCGAACUUUGCUUCGUCGUGAUGAAGCACGUGAACAGGCAGAACGUCAUCGAUUACAAAUGGAAAUGAUGUUGGAUCGUGUAACACAAAUACCAACUCUUUUCGAACGUCAUUCUCAGAGUUAUCAAUCAUUGACUCAGACACAACAGAAUGUUAAUAAUUCAAAAAUGUUACAACAAAGAAGAAAAAAGAAAGAAUUGAGUAUCAUGAAUUCAUAUAUAAAUUACGAAAAUAUUUCUAAAUCAGAUUCUGAAUCCCUAACUAGUUCUUCGGGUAGUCUCUUAUCAAAUCAAUCUUUAAAUUCAUCAAAUACAUCUAUAUCACAAAUUUCUGAAAAAUCGAUAAUUAAAUCUCAAACUUUACUUUCAAAAAAGAAAACUAAUCGCAACCAGUUAAAAGUUUCAAUAAAAGAAACUGCAGAGCUUAUUGAAGAUCAAAAUGAAAACAAAAAAUUAUGCAAUAAUGAAUAUUUAAUCUCUAAUGAUGAUUGCAAUAAAAAUACAUUAAUACAGAGUAUACAUAAUAACCAAAAUACAGAGAUAAUUACUAAUGUUCAAUAAAUAAUUAUUUAAUUAACAUUUACUAAUCGCAAUUUAUUGUAAAAAGAUAGAGAAAAGAUAGCCAGAAAACUUUAAAUUAAUAAUAUUAAUAGCUUUUAGC